UAAUGAAGCAGCUACUUGUUUGGUUUAGACUGACAACAAAACAAACUGAACAAACAUUAAUUUACAUAUUUAUGAACUUCAACGAGCCAGAAAUGAGAAAAUAUUAAAUAUUAAAAAUAGAAAAUUUAGUGAAACUUUGUUCAGAUUCUGAGUUUUCUGUUGGUUCAUUACAGUUUAAUUAAAUAUUUUUAGUGACUCAGGUUUCACCAGCAUCAGAAAUUCACCAUCAGCUGCUCGGCUGUGCAGGGUUCUGGUUCUGGUUCUGGUUCUGGUCCCAGUGUUUCCAUCCCCUCCUCUUACCUCACAUGUCAGCUGUCAUUGUUGCUGAGUCCGCUCGCUCCGCCCCUCCAUGUGCGGAGUCUGUCCGGCGGGAUAAGGGCGCCUCUCCUCCUCCCGCAGCCGAUCAGCUGGACUUCUUCCCAGGGAGACACCAGCAGCAGGACGCCGGAGGGAGGGAGGGGGACGCAGGCAGAGAGCGUCCAGGACAGACCCGACCACAUCCAGCCAGAGCACGGGGGGUGUCCGCACCAUGUCCUUCAGCCCGAAGCACUCCACCCCCUUCUCAGUCAGCGACAUUCUGAGCCCGAUGGAGGACAGCUACCGGAGGUUCGGAGGGAUGGACCCCGCCGCGGGGAGCCUCGGGUCCCAGCUGGGAGCCUACCGGCAGCCGCAGGUGUCACAGCCCGGUACGCAGCACCAUCAGCACCAGGCGCAGCAGCAGCAGCCGCCUCAUCUCCACCAUCAUCACCACCACCAUCACCAUCACCACCUGUCCUCCUCUUCAUCCUCAUCCUCCUCCUCUUCCUCAGCCUCAGCAGCAGCCGCCGCAGCAGCUCUGGGACCCGGCGGGCCGUAUCACGUGCCCCACGGGGUGCCACAGUUCUCCGGGGCCGUCGGAGGGUUCUGUAACGGCGGGAUCGGGAACGUGGGAGACCUGCCGUCCUACCAGGAGACGGUGCGGGGCGGAGGAGCGGCGGCGUGGUACAGCAACCCGGAGCCGAGAUACCCGACAAUCUCCAGGUUCAUGGGCCCCUCCGCCGGGAUGAACAUGUCCGGGAUGGUGGGCAGUCUGGCCGGGAUGGACUCCAGCACCAAGUCCAUGGUGACUCUGCACGCGGCUCCACGCAGGAAGCGGCGCGUGCUCUUCUCCCAGGCUCAGGUGUACGAGCUCGAGCGGCGCUUCAAGCAGCAGAAGUACCUGUCCGCCCCGGAGAGGGAGCACCUGGCCGGACUCAUCCACCUCACCCCGAACCAGGUGAAGAUCUGGUUCCAGAACCACCGCUACAAGCUGAAGCGGCAGGCCAAGGACAAGAGCGCGCAGGAAGGAGGAGGUGGAGGAGGUGGAGGUCUGUGCGCCACGACGCACCGCUCCUCCUCCGUGUCCCCGGUCACCUCCAAGAACGGCAAAAGCUGCCGGAACGAGUCGAACCAGAGCGGGAACCGACAGAGCAGCUCGGGGGAGGCCUUGGCUGCGACCCCGCAGCAGCAGCAGGUGAACCAGCAGCAGGUGAACCAGCAGCAGGUGAACCAGCAGCAGGUGAACCAGCAGCAGGUGAACCAGCAGCAGGUGAACCAGCUGUCGUCCACGGACGAGCUGGAGGACUUGUCCCCGAGCCCGCCGCUGGGCCUGCACGCUCAGAUCAACAUGACGCAGACGGACGCGGCGCUAAUCGAGUACACGAACAGCAUGAUCGGCUCCAAUUUACUGUACGGGAGGACUUGGUAGGGACGCCGGGAGGACAGACGCGGGCAGCGGGCCUGUGGGGCUCCAUCCCCGGGUUGGAUUUGUUUGAGAGAACCGGGACAAAACAGGACGAGCAGCGGACUUUGUGUUUCCUCCCCGUGCGUAAAGUUCUGGUUCCGUUACGCACAGACUGAGCGCUGAAGCUGAAUGUUGACUUUCAUGUAUUUUUCCUUCAAAACGAAACUUUCGUUUUUUUUUUGUUUUUUUUUGUUGUUGUUGAGGCAAAACCCGCAAAAAACCGUGAUGACGCGCGCGCUGCGCUCAUUAAAUUAUUCCAGGUUAUAAAUGAAUCAAAACAAACAAAGAAUCUUUUUGUCACAGCUGAUUUUUAUGUUUCCAGUUUGAAUAAACGCUUUGAGAAAAAUGCUCUAAUGAUAUUUGGAUCAUGAAUGUUUCAGAAAUUAAAUCUGGAUUUUUUACGAGCGACUCAUUUUAAAGUUUGUUUUUUAUAAUUUGAUCAAAAUAAAAAUGAAUCCAUAGAUCAGGUCAGACAAACAGCCGGACACUUCCUUCACUCACUUGUAUAUUUUUUUUUUUUUACAAGUUUUACAGGCGUUCAUCUUAAAAAUCACAAGUUACAUAACAACUUUGUCUAAGUGGAAUAAAAAGGAAAAACCAAAAAAUUUAAA